GGAUAACUUUUCACACAGAACAUAAAGCAAGGUGCCGCGUUCCCACCGCAGCUUGAGGGAAAGCACCGAAUGUUUUCAAGGCUAUCAGAGAAAGCUUUUUAAAGAGCGGAGCAGCAGAGAUUCGAACUCCUUCACCAUCUUGCUCUCCAUCACGAUGCAGCUCACCUUCUUCAGCGUCUUCACGCUGUUCGUUUGCUGUCAAUGCAGCUCGGCAGCCACACAGCAGGAAGAGUCUGUGUCUGAACUUCUGUGGAAGGCCAACAAAGACGUCGUUCACACGGCAGAAGAGCCGCUGGUGAUGGAUGAUAUCGCUUAUGACAAAGACAGCGAAAGGAACGCCGACCAGUGCACUUCGCGGGGGUGCAUGUGGCCUAAGUCUGCCAAUGGGAGAGUCUACGUGCCCUACGUAAUCUCCGGGCAUUACUCUUCUCGUGAGCGCGGUAUCAUUGAGCGCGGCCUAAAUUCCUUCAGCGAUGUCUCCUGCAUUCGCUUCGUCCCUCACAGCGGCCAGAGAGACUACAUCAACAUCAUGUCCCACAAUGGGUGUUACUCAUACGUGGGUCGCCGUGGCUACAGUCAGACCUUGUCUCUGGACCGCCAAGGCUGUAUGUACCACAGCACCGUGCAACACGAGCUGCUCCACGCACUCGGGUUCAAUCACGAGCAGUGCCGCUCUGACCGCGAUCAGCAUAUCCGCAUCCUGUGGCAGAACAUCCAGUCUGGUUUGGAGUACGCCUUUGACAAGAUUAACACGAUCAACAUGAACACGCCGUAUGACUACAACUCUGUCAUGCAGUACCAUAGGUAUGCAUUCUCACGCAACAAUUUACCCACCAUGGAACCGAUCCCCAAUUCAAACGUCAAGUUUGGCAGUGCUACCCAAAUGAGCAAGAAUGAUAUCAACCGACUCAACUCCCUCUACUGUUAGGAAGUGUUGUACCAUUCGACACAAUUCCUGUUCUUGAGACCCCAUUUUGAAUGUCUUUGUCUGGCCGCUGUCGCGACUCCCAAAAGUCUUGGUCUUGUCAAGACUUUCACUUGAGACCAACAUUGAUCUGCUAAUCCUCAGCUUCAUUUAUGUGAUGAUAAAUAAAGAGCACAUGGAAAAACAACAAAAACCUUUCAUAUUAAAUGACUGCAGUGAUCUUUGAUAUGGUGUGACUGAAGCAGAUUGUAAAUUCUCCCGAGUUCUUUUUUCUCCCCCGCUUCGUAAAAUGUUUCCAUUUGGCACAGAGUUGGGGCGGAGGUGGCUGGACGAGCACACACAGGGGGAUCAUGGGCUAACCAAACCACCUAAGGGUACAGAUCUCAUAGGCGAUAACUUUGGAAGAUGAGCUCACGGUUAACGAUUGUUGUUGUUCAUCAACUCACAAACCUAGCUAGUCAUUUGUGGGCCUAAGAGUUAUAAGGCCCUCCCCAACUAUAUGAACUAUGCUACUGGAAAAGUAUCAUUAUACAUAAUAAUGAUACUUUUCCAAACGUAGUAUAGUUUAUACUAUAUACAUGUUUACAAGGCUUGAAAUUCAAUCAAACCAGUAAAUAUUCUACUGUGAUGCAAGGCCUUUCUUGUUAAAAUGAAUUCUAAAAUGAAAUUGUUUUUAGCUAUAAUUUAUCCAAACAAUUAGGCCUGACCUCAAGGAAAGAUAAUGGAUAAACAGUGAUACUGAUGAAUGAUUCAUCUCUUGUAUUUGCUGAAUAAAUGAUUACCACCACCACCCGCCCCCAUUAAAAAUUGCAUUGUAAAUGUAAUAUUUUAUUAUUAUUAUUCAUUUUUAAGGUAUAAUAUUAUUUUCCCACUACAAUUAUAAUUCAUAACUUUUUAGGCACUGUAAAUGUAACAUUCAGCAAGUACAGUGGAAGUGAAAAUUGCACGAGGUUAAUAUACCCAACCCACCGACGUCACAAAACCACGUGCUCGCUGUAUGGUUCCGCCCACUUGUCCGUCAUUUUGUCUCUGUAUUAGCGUUGGUUUCAAUUGAUCGAGGAAUUUAAAAUGCAUUUCAUGGAAGACCCGGUGCUUUCUGAUGCCGUAAACUCACUGGAUGUGUUGCAUAAAAGGCGUUAUGUGGAAAAGCUUCGUUCUAUACAGUCGCCAGAUCCAUAUUUGAUGCCUAAAUCGAUGAUUUUUGACCGGC